GAGGAAUGAAAAAUUUCAGAUAUAUUUUUCAGAAGGUGUAAUUGAGCCCCAGACCUAUAAAUUUGCGAAUUUGCUAUCAAUUUCGUUCUGUUUACGUCCAAUCGUCCCGUGCGAUCUAAAAUUUAUUCCCUUAAAGUAGAGUCAUUUUCGAUCGACCAAUCAGGAUAAAGGAAAAAAAAAAUUCUUUCUCCUUUGAUUGGUCAAUCGAACGAUUGUCCUGGGAGUAAGUUUUUGAACGUAACCCAGGCUAUUUCAGAGUUUCAGGAUUACCAAGUUGGUGAAACUGACGCUGAUAAACAGACGCAUGUGGAGGCAAAGAAACAAAAACACAGGACGAACUUACGGAAAAUGCAUACCAAACGAAUCUUUCUUUUCCUUACAUAAUUAAUUUACCAACUGCUAUGAAAUAUAAUAACAAUUAUGAGAGCUAUUUUUAUUUCCUUGCAUGGUCCUGUGCCAUUUCUUAUUCUGCAUACGAGUUUUAUUUAUCGAAUAACUAUUUUGAUGAUUAUUAUGAUGCGUACAAUGAUUUCGACAGAGGAUGGAGUUGGAUUGGAAGAAAACGAGAUAUCUCUGAUCAAGAGUGGGGUGUAUGGCUUGCCUUGAUAAACAGACUAAUACCAUGCAUUUUCAUCCAUCAUUUCUUCAGUCAGAUUAUUAAAGUCAAUUGUAACAUCAUGAUUUUGUGUUCUUGGUAUAUCUUGUCGUCUACAGCUUUUCUGUAUUAUUAUAUGGGUUCGUUAAGUGCACUGUGUAUACUAUUGCAACCUAGUUUCUUACACAUAAUAACAUAUAAAUGCAGUAAGCACGCAGCAUGGUUGAUACAUGUUUCCUUCCUGUUUGUGAUACAUAUAUUAAAAAUACCAAAUGGUACUUUUCAAAGUUUGCUAGGCCUCGACGAUGAGCAGCAUUAUAUUUUGACGCUUACAAUGUGUUGGAUACACUUAAGAAGCAUCAGUCACAAUAUGGAUAGCAUUGACAAGAAAGUUCUCCACUCAAACAGCUUUAUCGAGAGGCUAGCAUAUUGUUUAUACUUGCCCACAUUAUUUUCAGGGCCACUUAUUUUGUAUCAAGAGUUUGUUGAAUCUAUUAAUCAACAGCAUCGAUAUUGGAAUUGCCAAAAAUUACAAGCUUUUGUGCUAAAUUUAAUUAGAUAUAUAUUCUGGUUAUAUUUCACUGAAUUUUUGCUACACUUUAUUUACGUAAAUGCUAUACAAUACCAUCCUCAGGUUGCGCAAAAUUUAAAUCCUUGGGCAUUGUAUGGAUUGGGAUAUUGCAUGGGGCAGUUCUUUCUGAACAAAUAUGUUGUAAUCUAUGGGAUUUCCAAAACUUUAUGUAAUUUAGAUGAUGUAAAAGCACCACUGCCACCUAAAUGUAUAGCUAGGAUUCAUUUAUAUUCCGACAUGUGGAAAUAUUUUGAUAGAGGACUAUACAAAUUUCUUAUAAAAUAUAUUUAUAUCCCUUUACAAAAGUCAAAUGGGUGCUUUGGAAAAUUGUUUGCAUCAUUUUUAUGUUUUGCUUUUGUUCUUAUAUGGCAUGGAAUACAAAUAAGUAUUUUUAUCUGGUCAUUAUUAAAUUUUAUUGGAAUAACGAUCGAAAGUAUAGGGAUAUCAAUUGGCAAAAGCAAACAAUAUCAUAAAAUACAGAAUAUGUAUUUAUCCUCAAAAAAUAUUAAGAGAUUUCAUUGUAUAUUAGCAAGCCCUCUUUUAGCAAUAUCAGCAAUAUCUAACUUUUAUUUUUUUGGAGGCCAAUCAAUUGGUAAUAUUUUUACAUAUAAUCUACUGCAUGGAUCCUGGAAAACUUUAUCUAUUCUGUUCUUCUUUCUUUAUUGCUGUUGUCAAGUUUCUGUAGAUGUUAAAAAUUUGGGAAUUUAAAGAUCGAAAUUUGACUUGAUUAAAUUAGAGUUAAAAUGCUUUAUUUACCAAAAUAUUAGGUCGUCCAGGACUUUGGAGCCAUAUAUCUUGUAUAAUUUUAUUAAAAUCAAGACACAGUCGCAAUUCUGAAUAUUAAGCACAGAUUUUUCGGAAUUAUUUAUUUAUUUAUUUCUCGUAUUUGUUCGUUUAGCUUAUCAUCCAAGUUCAAUGAAUAGACGAAGCUAGGACCACAUAUGUCAGUAUCAUACCAAAAAUCUAUAUAAAAGUAU